AUGUAGGUCACUUCACAUAAACAUAAUAUUUUUGUCGAACAAUCUCAUGUAGCUGUCACUAAUGUUGUUACCACAGUCACACACUUGGAUAAGAUGAAUGCUGGUAUGUGCCCAACUAACCUGUUACAUCAAAUCUGUCAAUAUGUCGAAAAAGAAAGCAGACCUUAAGGUCUUUAUAUUAGGAGAAGCUAACGUUGGAAAGACAACAUUGCUGUACAGAUACAUAGAAGGAGUCUUCCAAGAUCAGAUUAGUACAAUAGGAGCAUCAUUUUUCCUGAAACAAUGGGGUAAGCGGCAUGUGUCAUUAUGGGACACUGCUGGGGAAGAAAGGUUUUCUGGCUUGAGUAAUCUCUAUUGCAGGGGAGCAUCUGCUGUUAUUAUGGCAUUUGAUGUAACACGGCCAUCUUCAUUCCAUUCUCUCAGGAGCAGGUUUUUACCACUCGUAGAAUAUGCAAACCAUAACUGCUUAGUGGUAGUGACUGCAACAAAGGUUGACCUUGCAAAAGACACUACACCGAUUAUAACAAUGGCACAGGGUUUAGAAUUCACAAAAACUCUAAACAAAGAACUUCAAUUAACAACAGUGCCAUAUUUUGAAACUUCAAGUAAGACUGGUAAAGAUGUUACAGAAGUGUUUGAAUAUGUUUUCCGUCAUUGUUUUCCUGAUGAAAACUUGCAUAAGAAAACACCACCAGUCCAUAUUAAAUCAAGAUCUAGUACAGUGGACUUAGAGACUCAAAGUAAUGAUGAAGAGACCAUGAAGGUGGGGUGCUGUUGAAUAUUAUUAUGUGCAAUGAUGGAUUCACGAUCGGCUAAGGAUAUUGAAGAACAAGUUACAUGUAGAAUGUAAUUAGUUGCACAGCUAUAUCGACCAAUCACUUUUAUUUAAAAAUACAUAAUUUAAAGUAUGAAAUGGUCUAUAAUUAGUCAGUCUGGUUAAAAAGAUUCAAUAUAAAGUGUGGUCAAAAAGUGAACCUCCGAGAAAGUGUUACGUCAUGUAUGCAUUGUAGCUAUUCACACUAGAUGAUAGAAUUGCUGCUUUGCAGCAUGGGCUCUACCACCCAGAGCCCAUGUUUGUAGGCAUAUCAGUUCUAGUCAAACUUGUACAAUAGUGGCAGGAUGGUGACAUCACCUGAAUUUGUGGACAAUGUGUUCAAUCAGUCUGCGGUUUGCAACAAUUGGAAGAACACAAGUAACAGAGCAACGUCCAUAUUGCAGUUGUCAGUUGUGCGGUUGUGAAAAAUAAAAAGGCUAUA